ACUCUGGAGGUUUAAAAGCGGGGGUUUUGUUGACUGAGCUCGAGACCGCAACCGUUAGCACACAAGCUAACCGGCUACACCGACACCUCCGGAGACAGAAACCCACAACUGGAGCCUCAGUUUCGGACAGUAGACGGGUAAAACUCCCCCAACCGGGAUCCAUAGCUUUUUCUUUUGUGGCCAUAACGGAGAAAAUACAAUUUUCAUGUGUGCAGUGGGGCUGGUUUCGACAUUUUAAUGGGAGGCGGCUCGCUUUGGACGAGUGGACAUUGCGGGCGCCAGUUGCGAAGAAGAAAGCCGGGGUCCCGGCUCCCUGUCCCGUGCAGAUGGAGUCUCUGUCCGGGUACGUGUACAAGGCAGCCAGCGAGGGCCGAGUCUUGACCCUGGCCGCGCUGUUGCACAACCACUCCGAGCCGGAGGUCCGGUACCUGCUCAACUAUGUGACCCAGGUGGCCGGGCAGAGGUCCACUCCGCUGAUCAUCGCGGCCCGGAACGGACACGACAAAGUGGUCCGGCUGCUCGUGGACCACUACAAGGUGGACACGGAACAGACCGGCACGGUUCGGUUCGACGGCUACGUCAUCGACGGCGCCACGGCGCUGUGGUGCGCGGCCGGGGCGGGGCACUUUGAGGUCGUGCGCCUGCUGCUGACUCACCGCGCCAACGUCAACCACACCACGGUCACCAACUCCACGCCGCUGCGGGCCGCCUGCUUCGACGGGCGCCUGGACAUCGUGCGCUACCUGGUGGAGCACGACGCCGACAUCCGCAUCACCAACAAGUACAACAACACGUGCCUGAUGAUCGCCGCCUACAAGGGCCACGCCGACGUGGUCAAGUUCCUGCUGGAGCGGGGCGCCGACCCCAACGCCAAGGCCCACUGCGGCGCCACGGCGCUGCACUUUGCGGCCGAGGCCGGCCACCUGGAGAUCGUCACGGAGCUGGUGCGCUGCCAGGCCGGCAUGGUCGUCAACGGACACGGCAUGACGCCGCUCAAGGUGGCCGCCGAGAGCUGCAAGGCGGACGUGGUGGAGCUUCUGCUGGCGCACGCCGACUGCGACCCGCGCAGCCGCAUCGAGGCGCUGGAGCUGCUGGGCGCCUCGUUCGCCAACGACCGCGAGAACUACGACAUCCAGCGGACGUACCACUACCUGCACAUGGCCAUGACGGAGCGCCACCGCGACCCCGACAACGUCGUGGCCAAGGAGCUGCUGCCGGCCAUCGAGGCGUACGGCGGGCGCGCGGAGUGCCGCACGCUCCCGGAGCUGGAGGCCAUCCGCGCCGACCGCGACGCGCUGCACAUGGAGGGGCUGAUGAUCCGCGAGCGCGUCCUCGGCUCGGACAACAUCGACGUGUCGCACCCGAUCAUCUACCGCGGCGCCGUCUACGCCGACAACAUGGAGUUCGAGCACUGCAUCAAGCUGUGGCUGCACGCGCUGCGCCUGCGCCAGAAGGGCAACCGCAACACGCACAAGGACCUGCUGCGAUUCGCCCAGGUCUUCUCCCAGAUGGUGCACCUGAAGGAGCGCGUGGUGGCCUCUCCGGUGGAGCAGGUGCUGAGCUGCAGCGUGCUGGAGAUCCGGCGCAGCAUGGCGCGCGUGGAGGCGGCCGCGGCGGCGGCGGAGCCCGAGCUGCCGCAGGCCCUGGACAACUACGAGUCCAACGUCUUCACCUUCCUGUACCUGACGUGCAUCUCCACCAAGACGACGUGCGGCGCCGAGGAGCGCGCGCGCAUCAACAAGCACAUCUACGACCUGAUCCAGCUGGACCCGCGCUCGCGGGACGGCGCCUCGCUGCUGCACCUCGCCAUCAGCUCCAACACGCCCGUGGACGACUUCCACACCAACGACGUGUGCAGCUUCCCGAGCGCGCAGGUCACCAAGCUGCUGCUGGACUGCGGCGCGCAGGUCAACGCCGUGGACCACGAGGGCAACACGCCGCUGCACGUCAUCGUGCAGUACAACCGGCCCAUCAGCGACUUCCUGACGCUGCACGCCAUCAUCAUCAGCCUGGUGGAGGCCGGCGCCCACACGGACAUGGCCAACAAGCAGAAGAAGACGCCGCUGGACAAGAGCACGACGGGCGUGUCGGAGAUCCUGCUCAAGACGCAGAUGAAGAUGAGCCUCAAGUGCCUGGCGGCGCGCGCCGUGCGCCUGCACCAGAUCACCUACCGCAACCAGAUCCCCAAAACGCUCGAGGAGUUUGUCGAGUUCCACUGAGAGGGAAAAACGGGCCGAAGGACAAAAAAAAAACAAAGAGAGACUCCUUUUUGUUCUUUUUUUAAAAAACUUUCUUAUAAUUUUCUAACAAAUUCAAACGGUGCUGAAGAUGAUGGUUCAGUACUAAAAAAAAAAAAACAGUUUUUGAGCGUUUUUAUAAAGAAGUGGGUUGACUUUUUUUACACACACGCACACACACACACACACACACACUUACUUAAGCAGGGUUCAAAAUUAGCACCAUUUAGCAGCCAAAUGCACAUUUGCUUCACUCACCAGCCCAGAAAGCACCCCUGGUGAUCUAUUGAGUGGCUGGUAACAUUGGAACAUGCUCUGGUCAUGUGGCUGCUGGAUAAAAAAGGUAAUUUUAAACCCUGAUUUCUUUUUUUUUUUUUUUUUUUUUUUAAGUAUUAACUGCUAAGUACUAGAGAUGUUUCGAUACCCGUUUUCCUUCCCGAUUCCGAUACCUGAUACCUUUCGUAUUGGCCGAUCUAUAUAUUUUUUAUAAACCGUCUUUGGGUAAACUCUUCGCUAGCGGACCAAAACCAGAAAUCCAUUUAUUCUAUGUCUGCAACCAAUGAGGUCUUUUAAUGUGUCUUUAAAAUGUCUUGUUUAUUUUUCCCAGUCCCUAACUCAGAUAUUCAGUUUGUUAUGAAAUUAAAGAAAGCGCAGCGUGAAAAGUCGCUUUAACAAUUAAUCAUUUAUCAAAGUAGUCGUCCAUUUCAAUCACCUAAUGGUUUUGGACAGUUGUGGCAGCUCAGAAGAACUGAUUUCUGGUUUGGUCUGCUUGCGGCACGGCUAGGCGGGAGGGAUGUUUUUGUCCCGGUAACGCUACUUUUGAAGUUAAUGUCUUUUCGGGGCUAAAUUACGUGCAAUCGGAUCGGUGCACAGACUCGUCCAUGCCGGCUUUUUAGGCAGCAUGGGAGGCAUUUCCGAGAUAGUUAUCGGUAUCGAAACAACUCUACGUGCGUGUGUCUCUUGGGGCCGCGGCGAGCUUUGUGCUCAGAGAGCGAGCGCGAGAGAGAGUUGGUUUGCCUUAUCUCCAUGUGUGUGAGCGAGCGUGACGGAGAGAUAAACGGACAGAAUGAAUGAGCGAAAAAUAAUUUUCUCUGGCUUAAAUUUUUACGGCGACAACAACAACUCGCUGGCGAGAAAAGCGAGUCCGACUAAGGAGACGUGAUGCGACUGCGGUGCGGAAGUUCUCCCAAACUAUCAGGCUUUUAGUUCGUCGUACGUUUUUAAUAAACGCUUUACUGCCAGUCAUUAUUUGCAGGACCGGGUAUCAUCGCCACUGCAAUGUUCCCCCGUACUUUGGUUUAUCUGUGGCGGCCCGCCCACGACAUCAGCGUUGACCGCCCCAAAUGGAUUUUCUAUUUUAUUAAUAUUUGAAAUGGGUAAACCCUCAUGUCGUCGUAGAGCUGUGCACAGCAUAUUCAUUUACUCAGCUGCUCCUUUUUUCGUGCACGGCGGCUUAACCGCGUAAAGCCCCUGGCUCCUACCGUUUACCGUGUGUCUACAGUUAAGUAAGUCUGUUUCUCUCCGCCGUUGUUUUUGCACAUAUAGCCUAGCGGUAGCUACGUUAGCUAACGUUAGCUCUUGUUCCGGAGGAGCUCUGACCAGCGUUAAGUUGGGGGCGAUGACGCUUGGUUUUUGCUGCCGCAGCUUUAGCUUUUGGUUGUUAAUGUCUGAGGGGGAGAAAAACACCUUAAUAUGUUGAGAGCCAAAAGGUAAAAAUAAAAGUUUAUCAGCUCUGA